AUCACGAUGACCCCAUUAGGCCAGCGAGGAGGGGUGCGGGGCCCCCAUGAAGGGCAAGUAGGACUGUCCAUUUGGCGGGCCUGUGCCCCACCGAGUCCACCUGUCUUUGUGAGACUUGGUCAGAUAGGAUCCUGUUCCCCUCCCCCACGUGGCGUCUUGAUUAGGGUCCCUGUCCUUUGUGGAGCCUAAUCAGGACCUCCACUCCCCUAUGUGACCCAGUCAGUCAGGACCCCUGUCCUCUGCGGACCCUAGCCAAGACCCUCAGGUCUCAUGGGGACCGUUCUGUCAGGACCCUCAGCCUCCAUGGGGUUCUCUAAAUCAGAACCCCGGUGCCCCAUGGGGACCGCUAAGUGGGGACCCCAGACCCCAGCUCGGUAAGGAUCUCCGCUUUCCCAGGACUGAACCCCCAUUUGGAGUUCAGUCAGUUGGAGUGCACGCCUCAGGGGAACCCACUGAGCCAUGAUCCCGCCCUCUGGGUAGUUGAGGGGUCCAGGGCGCCCUUUCUCCGGAAACCCAACCCGGGAUUCAGCCACUGAGAACAGCAGCUGCGCUAAUCCUCUGGCUCGCCAGACUUCACGCAUGCGCGGCACGUUUUGAGGGCUGACCUAAUCCGGCCCCGAAAGCUCCGCCUCUCCAGUGACGUCAGGUUAUCGCCCCGCCUUUCCGUCCCAGACGCACCUUGCGAGGAGGGGCGCUCGCACUUCCCCAAGAGGGCCGAACCUACAGAGGGCGGGACUCCGCCUACCUUAGCCUUCCAUUGGCCUAGGCCUCACCAACAUUGUUUCAGGAUUGGUAGGCUGGUGCUCCUCCCCACUCCCCUCGCCAGAGCUUCCGCUUCCGGUUUAGACGGACACUUCGGCUUGUAACGAUGAUCGGGGACAUCCUGCUAUUCGGGACGUUGCUGAUGAACGCUGGAGCCGUGCUCAACUUUAAACUGAAAAAGAAGGACACGCAGGGCUUUGGGGAGGAAUCGAGGGAGCCCAGCACAGGUGACAACAUCCGGGAGUUCUUGCUGAGCCUCAGGUACUUCCGAAUCUUCAUCGCUUUGUGGAAUGUCUUCAUGAUGUUCUGCAUGAUCGUGCUGUUUGGCUCCUGAGCCCCAGAAGCGGAACCUGGAACUCACCUUCCCAGAUGUCGAAGCUGCUUUUCUCAUUCCCGAUGACUCAAGAAUGUUUGGACCUGAGAACCAGGGACCUUCCCAGAAAGCCCAAGCUGGCGGCGGAUGGAAUACUGAUCACCAAGUUGUCCUUGAUGGUCCAGCCGUGUCCCUGUGCACAAAGACAGACCUGCUCUGGUCCCAGGCUGGGAUGCUGUCUACGGAAGGGAUGACCUGGUAAAUGACAUUCCACAGAGACAGCGUCCAGGUUGGCUCUGCCCUGCUGAGCACCCACAGACCGUGUUGUACAGUUUUCUUGGUUGACUUGUAAUAACCAGCAUUGGGUUAGAACUGUACAGCUUUUUAAACCUCAUUUUAAUCCAGGAGCUGCACAGAAGGGUUGGCUUUUAAGUUGGAAGCAGCCUCUUCUGAUCAGGUUAUAACUAGGAGUUCAUGUGGCUUGCUGGAUCUCAUGGUGAUUCUGGGGCCAGCCCAGGGGCCUGUGUCCAAAUUCCUCCCCCAUCCGCCAUAGGGUCCCCUUGGCUGCUUGCUGCAGCCGAAGUGGUUCCCAGGCCUUCAAGGCGCAGGUCACUUGUGACAGGGACACCAGCUGGGCUGUCUGGACACUACACUUUGGUGGGGAUGGGGCGGCCCAGGGAAGCAUUGCCGUUUCUGAGGGAGAGGAGUGUGGGUAGGGGAUGGUGGUGGACAGGUGUCAGUCGGAAAAAUUGUCUUUGUUUUGAAGCCCUUUGUCAAAUAAAGUGACCUUGGGGGCUGCUUUGGCACGUUUACUCUGAUGAGACUGAUUUUAUUGCGUGUGCUGUGGUAACCACUUCUCAGAUCUCGCCUUUUCAGGCUGCCCUUUUUGUGCCAGGGUCUCAUGAACUGUUUGCCUGGGCCGGCUUUGAACCUCGGUCCUCCUGAUCUCUGCCUCCUGAACAGCUAGGAUUACAGGCAUGAGCCACCAGCGCCUAGCAGUGUUUGCACGCUGGUGAACCAAGAAGUUGACUUGAAGCAUUUCAGAUUAUCCAGUGGGAAACACCUAGGAUUCAUUUUGGGUGUUGUCAAAAGUCAGAAAAUAGCCAGUGGUUGGUUUUCUCGUGAGAGUUUUGCCCAGUAUGUGGCAGGCAGGAAUUGGGCAGAUAAGGGUUUUGAUUCGGGCUGCCCCUGGAGUAUGGAAGGAAGGCGGUAAUGGGGGCUCUUUCUGGGUCAGGGUCAAGUCUGUGUUCACAGCUGCUCAGCUCCCGCAGUUGUACAUUGUUGCUUCAGCAUGUCCAGUCGUGUAAAAGUUCAAUUGCAUGUGAGUUGGUCUUUUUUUGCUUUGCAGUGCUGAGGGUGAAUGCAGGUCCUGCGUGUGCCAGGCAGGUGCUGUAUCCCUGUGCCGGCCCCAGUCCCCCAUAGAUAUGCGUUCUUAGGAAGCUUUGCAGAAACCUUCAUUAGUGGCUGGCGGUGCGGCUCAGUGGUGAGGCCCUGGGUUCCAUCCCCAGCACCAGUGCGCCCUGGGCAGAGGUUGGUCCAUCUGAAACUGGAUAAGCCAUCGUUUCUUCAGGCUUUCCGAGCUUUGAAAGCUUCUCUUCCCCGCCCCACCUUGACCGUCUUGCUGGAUGUGAGAUUGUACGUCCCCUCCUUAGCACUGCUGCUGCUGAGCAGCGCUGUGACCUUCACUUCACUGAGUCACUUCCUCGGGCCAGAGGCCCUGAGGGCUACACUGGCGUGUACCUCUGUGUGGCUUUAAGUGGCUUCUGUUCCUUUUACUUUGUGACCCACCAGCGACCAGCAGCCUUGUCUUUAUUUUACAAGACCUUGGUUCUAGAUAGUUGUGAGUGGAGCCGGGGGCAGUGGUGGUGUGCAGCUUGCUUACCACGAGUGCACUGUUGUGGCCUCUACCCGUAAGCCAGCUGCUUCUGUCUGCGUAGAAGCAGAAGGCUGCCUAUCCACUGUACCUUGGAAGGUCGCUUUGAUUUGCCUCUCUUGGGUUUUGGUGUGUUUCUUGUGGUGUGGGAAUGGAACCAAGAGCCUCGUGCGUGCUAGGCACGCAUUCUUCCUACCACAGUCACAUCCCUGCCCUUGACCACCACCUCAGCAGUAAGUGCCUGCUGCUGCCCACCCUGGCGUGUGUUGCUCCUGUGCAGGGAGAAGCCACACGUGGAGAACCCAAAAGCUAGUUUUCUGCACCUGAACUUUGGGGUUCGUGGCAGAACCCCUUUUUGCCUUUUCCACCCUUGCCAUUCUGUGAAUCCAACUCUCUUUUGUGUGGGUAGCUCACUGCACUUCCUUUGGUUCCAGCUCCUCUAGAGCAGGACUUGGCAAACUAUAGUCCCCGAGACAAAUCUGGCCUACCACUUGUUCUUGUUAAUAAAGUUUUAUUGGAAUCUAGCCACGCCUCCUUUGUAUGCAUUGCCCACAGCUGCUGAGUGCUUUAGCACUUCAAAUUCAGAGCUGAUAGUGACUUCAGAGGCUGUAUUGCAUGGAAGACCAAAAAUAUUGCCCAUUUGGCCCUUGACAGAAAUAAUUUUUUUAACUUUUUUUUUUUCUUCUUUGGUGAGAUUGGGGUUUGUACCGCU